GUCGGUGCGGGACAGACGGUUGACCAGUGAGUGUCCGGGACACAGACAGAUCAGGUGCCCAGGGGACGAUGGGUUUGCCUCAUAUGCACGACCUGUUUUAGUUGCAUUCCGUUUGCCUUCGCGUUAUUAUUAUUAUUAUUAUUAUUGCCAAAUCUGCGGGGUUGAUGUGUAUAAACGCACAGUGUAGAUUUAAAUCCACACAUUUAUUCACUUUCAUAUUCCAACUGGGCUGCACUGCACCUGAUGUCGGCAUAGGCACGCGUUUGCAAGGAUAAUCAUCUUAGAACUAGAACCAUGGAUGCAGUCAUUCAUGUUAUGAAUGACUCCAUAGAGUUUUAUAAAUGGAGCCUUACCAUAGCAGAUAAGCGUGUGGAGAAAUGGCCGAUGAUGUCAUCCCCGCUCCCCACCCUGGGGAUCAGUGUUCUGUACCUGAUCUUCCUGUGGGCCGGGCCCCGUUACAUGCAGACCCGGGAGCCCUUUCAGUUCAGAACAACCCUCAUUGUGUACAACUUCAGCAUGGUGCUGCUUAACUUCUACAUCUGCAAAGAGCUGCUCCUGGGCUCCAGAGCGGCUGGUUACAGUUACCUCUGCCAACCUGUGAACUACUCUAAUGAUGUGAAUGAAGUCAGGAUAGCGUCGGCUCUGUGGUGGUACUACAUCUCUAAAGGGGUGGAGUUUCUUGACACAGUGUUCUUCAUCAUGAGGAAGAAGUUCAAUCAGGUCAGCUUCCUGCACGUCUAUCACCACUGUACAAUGUUCAUCCUGUGGUGGAUCGGCAUCAAGUGGGUUCCUGGAGGGCAGUCCUUCUUUGGCGCUACAAUUAACUCAGGCAUUCAUGUGCUGAUGUACGGUUACUACGGCCUGGCAGCGUUUGGUCCAAAGAUCCAGAAGUACUUGUGGUGGAAAAAAUACCUCACCAUUAUUCAGAUGAUCCAGUUCCAUGUCACUAUUGGCCAUGCGGCCCAUUCCCUCUACACGGGCUGUCCAUUCCCAGCCUGGAUGCAAUGGGCUUUGAUUGGCUACGCCGUCACAUUCAUCAUCCUCUUUGGAAAUUUCUACUACCAAACAUACCGUCGCCAGCCACGUCUCAAACCAUCCAAAUCUGCUGCCAAUGGCAUCUCCAUGGCAACCAAUGGCACCAGUAAAGCACCGUUGGUGACGGAAAAUGGAAAGAAGCAAAAGAAAGGAAGGGCAAAGCACGAAUGAAAAAAAGGAUGGAUAUGGUAGGAUGUGAUGAAGAGAUGAAACCCUGGGUACUGUGGGCUUCGAAAAGGGGACUGAUCUCACAACCUCUAUGUUCUGUAAUUGGUAAAAUGUCAUUUUUGUGAACUUGAUUGAAUGGUGAGCAUGUUAGGAGGGAGAUAUUUCAAACUAGGGACAUUUGUAAGAUUCUUAAGAAAGUGUUGGAAUUCUCUUUUUAAGAAUCUUACAAACGUUGUUCGGAAUAUCUCCCUCCUUAACUUGGAGCCGCAGUUUAGAUGAUUCAAACAUCGCCAUGCAUUCCAGUUUGAUCCAAUCUAAUAUUCCUUGGCUUCCAGUGUGACAUCACUCUAAAAUGUUACAAAUGUCAGUGGUUCUCAGUCCUGGUACUCAAGGACCCACAGUACAGUCCUGCACAUUUUGGAUGUCUUCAUUACUUAACACAACUGACUGAACUUUCAGCUCAUUAAAGGAGCCUCCAAGGCUUUGUUCACACUGCAUGGGAAAUCAGAUUUUUUCUUAAAUCAAUUUUUUUAGACUGACUGUUCAAACUCCAAAUUAUGCAUGGCCAGAUCUGAUCUGUUUUCUGUGCAUGAACGCAUGAAAUCUAAAGUCAGCAUUCAGACUCAGUACGUUUCCAUGCACAGUAAUAAUCAAGCUGUGCGAUUCUCACGAAACCUGACAAGACAAUGUCCUGGUCCUAUUUUUUAUUUUUUAUUUUUUUAUUGAUUUGGGGUUAAAUAUGACCAGGAUGUUUUCUUGACAGGUUUUACAAGGUUAAAUUAUUGUUUUAGUUAGACAAAAUUCAAACCUUUAAUGUGCAUGUAAAUUUACUGUCUGAGACACAUUGACAAAAAUCUGAUUUUAUUCCAAUUUCAAACCACAAACGUCAAUCAGAUUUCAUGUGUUUUUCCCCUGUUAAAACCACCAAAAACUAAAUGGAUUUGAGUUGGAAAGAAAAAAACAAAACAACAUUUUGAUGUGUCAGAAAAGGGAGACCAAUGUGCAGACCAGAACUAAGAACCACCGCCUUACGGUAUAACUGUAUCGUAAUAGAAAGCUACUUUGAGAUGUUUGAUUGCAUCUGAGGGGGCUGCGGGGAGGAUACACUAUUUUGCACUUGUUUUAACCACAUAAUUACUGUUAAAUAUGCUUUUCUAUUAAAUAUGCAUCCACAGAAACCUAUAGCUUACUGUCUUAAUGGUCUUAUUUUAUGCGAGUAGCUGAUGGCACAGAAAUUACGUACUGUAAAUGCCAGUAGCUUUGGACUAGUAUCUUCAAAUACCCCUCCUCUGGUUUCAAUGGCUGCCAACUUUCUUGACACUCUUGAACAGAUUUCACACUAGAUUAGGUAACUAAGGAAUCAGUGCCAUCAGUUUAAUCCCACAAACUAGGUUUCAUAGAAUAUAUUAGACCAUGGAGAACUAUUACUAUAGUGAAAUAAUGGUGUUUUUACCAAUAAGAGAUUUCUAAAGUGGCAGUAAAAUGUAAUAAUACAUGUUUCAACAUGUUACCAACUGUCCAGUUGUGCAGUUGGUGGGCUUAUACGUGUGCGUCAGACAACUAAACAAUAUCUAGCAUUAUUUUCGUUUUCAUUUCACCAGACAACGUCCUGAGACAGCAUACGGUAAUGAUGGCGUCACAGCAUUAUACUCAGGUAGUUUAACGUAUUUUUUGACCCGCAUGUAAAGUUGGACCGACUGUUUUUAAAACCAUGUAGUUUUAUGGAGUGUAUAGGUGCACUAUUGCAUUAUAUUAAUUUUGCUAUUUGAAAGUUCACUUUUUCUCUGUUCACUGUGUUACCUCAACCCUAGAAGGUAGAAAACAGAACGAGUCUCCUAAAUCAUGUCACCAUAACUAAACUCUGUUUUCUCAACCGUAAACUGUUGCAGUAUGCUGUUUAUCUCUGUAUGAAUACUCACGAAUUCAAGCAGGUUCUUAUGCUCAGUGGAUGUAUUUCUGAUUUGCUAAUCAUCCUGUAUGCUACAAGAGGUUCUUAAAAAUGUCAAUGUUCCUCUAAUAAUUAAAUGAUUAAAUCAGCUGCUACAGAUUUGAAUGAAAUAAACAGGAUGUCAA